CUUGAUUUUGAAAGUAUCUUGAGGCAGAAACAUACAGUGGGUGCAAAAUGAAACAUCUGCCCUCUUUGUCUGUUUGUCUCUCACUCAUGUUUGAAAGAUAUAAAGUAAAUAAUUGAGGAAUUGAUGAAGAUGUCGGAGGCCUCUUUUGGUGGAAUUUCUUUUCCCGUUCAUGAAUACAGAUCCCAAGAGACACCUCUUGAUGCUAGUGAAUUGUUAGCAGCAGCUUUGGAACAAAUGGAUGACAUUAUUGCUGCUUCAGCUCAUGAAUACGAGAAUCAGCCUUUAGAGAAGCAGGAUUCUUCAUCCAAGACUCAUUCCAUUAAUGAUAAAUUUGGCUCCGAUACUUUUUUUACUUUAAAUGUUCCUAAAACAGAUAUUCAUUUAAGUGAGAACAAAGUGCCAGUGAAUAAAAUGUUAGAUCAACUUAAAGACUGUAUUAUAUCAAGAAGUGAUGCCAAUGAAAAUGUUGUGCCAAAUGGAGAUAUAAAUGUUUCUUCAGCAAAAGUAGUCCUCACCUGGCUUCAAAAACUACUCAAAGAAUAUGUAAGUGAUUCUCAAAUUAAUGAUUUCUUCUCUUUCCAUGUAUGUUGUACUCAUGAAUUACGGAUUAAAAAUAUCAUAAUUUUAAAGUGUUUAGAUAAAGCUAGUGUUAAAGUAUUUAUUUAUUUGUAUUUUCUUUCGAAAUUUUCUGAAAUGAAAUAAUAUAUUUUAUAGAA